AUGUCUCCACAAACACUUCCCUUCAAUCCAGUCAGCCCUCCCGGCUCCUGGAUCCUAGUUACCGGCGUCAACGGCUACGUCGCCUCGCACGUCGCCGACCAACUUCUCCAGCGCGGCUAUAAAGUCCGAGGGACAGUCCGCGACCCAUCGAAGGCCCAAUGGACCGAGACGCUGUUCCGCGAGAAAUAUGGCCAGGGGGCGUUCGAGCUCGUCAGGGUCGAGGACAUGACUGUUCCGGGUGCAUUCGACCAUGCUGUCAAGGGCGUAUCCGGCAUAACGCACGUCGCGACCGUCUUCGGGCACUCGGCCGAUCUGAUCUCGAGCGUCGUCAGCGCAAACCGGAACCUCCUCGCCAGUGCGUCGCGAGAACGCACAGUCCGCCGCUUCGUCUACACGUCGUCUUCCGAGGCCGCGACCUUCUCGUCGCUGCAUGAGCACAAGCACAGCAAGACACGCGUGGGUGUCGAUACCUGGAACGAGGAGGUCCUCCGGCGGAUCCGGGAGCCCAGCCCUAAGGCUGGGUUCGAUACGUACGCCGCGAGCAAGACGCUCGGCGAGCAGGCUGUCUGGGAAUGGGCUGAGGAGCAGAAGCCGGGUUUCGUUGUCAAUACAGUCCUCCCCUCCGUGUGUUUCGGCGCGUCCCUGGACCCCAAGGCGCAGGGCCACGCCUCGUCGUCCGCCUGGCCGGCCUCUAUCCUCCGCAACGAAUUCGAUCGCUUCUGGGGCUUCCUGCAGCACGUUAUACCUACCGGAGCAUACGGGGUGGACGUUGCGGACGUCGCGCUCCUCCACGUAGCGGGGCUCAUCCACCCGGGCGUACAGAGCGAGCGGCUAUUUGCGUUUGGGGGGCCGUUUACGUGGAAUGGGAUCAUCGCGUUCUUUCGGAGGGAGUUCCCUCACCGCUCGUUACCUGGUGAUUUGCCUGGAGGGGAGCACGGGGUGCUGGAGAUCGAGCCUGCUGAACGGGCGGAGGGUCUCCUUAGGGAGAUUGGGGGGUCUGGGUGGUCGGGGCUUGAGGAGACUUUGAGGAGGAAUGUGGAAGAUCUGGUGUAG